CCUGCUUUUCCUUCGUCAUUGUGAGGUAUUGUGUGUAGAUUGGUGAGUGGAAAAAAACGAUUUAAUCCAUUUUAGAAUAAGACUGUAAAGUAACAAAAUGUGGAAAAAGUCAAUGGGUCGGAAUACUUUCCUGAAUACAUACAGAAUAUUCAAUAAGUAGCAAAUUGUCUGUGACGCAUGAAUCAAAUACCUGAAUGUAGGCUACAACACAGAUACAACUCCAGUGCUUCCAGGAUUGUUUUGUCUGAUGAACCUUUUAUGUUACGUCUAGCCUACAUGAUGGAUGGAGUCGCAAUAUAAGAUGCCCUUUUUUAUAGCCCUUUCACGUCACAAAACCACCUCACAUAAUGUUUUACUCCACUCCAAUGGAAGGUAGAGCAGAUAUUGAUAUAUUUGUUAUCACUGCGUCAUUUGACGACAGAUAUUGCAAAGCAAGAAGAGAUACACCUUCGCUGUAGCUCUGCCAUCAGUUAUCUUCUAGCCCGAGGUCCGGCGCGCUAUCGACUGUGCCGCAAAAACAUGCUCAUGCGGCAGGUUCGAUUUCCGCGCUUAUAAACCCAGGGUCGUUACACUAUAUUGGACGGGACUUCGUGUCGACUUCCUCUAACUCACUGCUCAUUCAAGGAAGACUGGCGUGUGCAGUCCAUCAUCAGGUAGGGUAGGCGGGUAUCCCCAAAUUUGUUCAUACAUGGAACAUCAUCUUCUGCACUUGACAGUGAAUUCGUGCACCAUACUUAUGACGUGAGCGUGCGGCACCUAAUAUCGCCGCGUCUGUAAACACAACUGCACCGCAGACAGCGACAGUGCAGGGGAGAGGAUGGAGAAGACAGUGCCCACCGAAGAGGACAAGAUAACUAAGCAAGAGCAAAUAUCUUCAAUGUCGUCAGGUGUACUGGACAAAUUGUUUGGGAAACGCCUCUCGCAGGCCAGACGGUACAUCAUGUCCCAUAAAUCCUGGCUGAAAAUGGUUCCCACGGAAGACUGUGAUAUCCUAAUGACAUUCUCAGACACCAUAGAUGACCACACCUUGCUAUGGCUGCUGAACCAUAUCCGACUGGGAAUCCCACAAGCUAAAAUCCAGAUCAGACAGCAUCAACACACACAGGGAUAUGCGUUCUGCAUUACAAGCACAUUCGAGAACUUGCUGCGUGGUGCAGAGCUGUUGGGAAUGCACAAAGUGGUGAAACCAGAGUACGGAGGCGGAACACGCAGGUUUUCCUGUGAGGAAGAUAACAUCUAUGAGAACAUAGAGAGUGAAUUGAUCUUUUUCACCUCACAGGAGCGUCAGAGUAUCAUCAAGUACUGGCUGGAUAACCUACGUGCCAAACCAGGGGCGGUCCUUCACAACAUCCACUUCCUGGAGGGACAACCAAUCAUUCCAGAACUGGUGGCCAGAGGAGUGAUCUGUCAAGUGUUUCCUCUACAUGAGCCACGGAUCCUCAGUCAGCUGAUGACAUCAUGGGUCCAAGCUGUCUGUGAGAGACAGCCUUUGGAUGACAUCUGUGAUUACUUUGGAGUGAAAAUCGGCAUGUACUUUGCCUGGCUGGGCUUCUACACCAACUCCAUGCUGUACCCUGCCGUCGUUGGCUUCCUGAUGUGGAUCCUGGCAGAGGCUGACCAGACCAGCCAGGACAUCUGCUGUGUAGUGUUUGCCCUUUUCAACGUGGUUUGGGCGACGCUCUUCCUGGAGAGAUGGAAGCGGAGAGAGGCCGAGCUGGCACACAUGUGGGGAACACUAGACACCCCCGCCGAGCCCCUUGAGGAGCCCCGUCGCCAGUUUCGGGGUGUGAAGCGGUGCAGUCCAAUAACAGGCUGUGAGGAGUUAUACUACCCACCCUGGAAGAGGACAAUGUUCAGGUGGAUGGUCAGCCUCCCCAUCUGUCUCCUCUGUCUCUGCUUCGUCUUCUUGGCCAUGCUCGUCUGUCUGGAGAUGCAGGAGUUUGUGAUGGAAAUUAAGGAGUUACCCAGUAUCACACGAUUCAUUCCUAAAAUGUUGCUGGCCAUCGUUGUGACUGUAUGUGAUGAGGUGUAUAGGAAGAUCGCCCAUUGGCUCAAUUAUAUGGAGAACUACAGACUUCAGAGUGCCUAUGAGAAUAAUCUCAUCAUUAAAAUGGUUUUUUUUGAGUUUAUCAAUUCUUACCUUAGCCUUUUCUACAUCGGAUUCUACCUCAAGGACAUGGAGCGACUGAAGGAGACGCUAGCCACUCUCCUGAUCUUCCGCCAGUUCCUCCAGAACAUCAAGGAAGUGCUCCAGCCUUAUCUGUACGAGCAUCACAAACUAGGAGUAUUUACCCCCAAGGUCGUGUGGGAGAUUCUCCAGGCCAUAGUGCUCAAAUACAGCCGCUUGGCUCUAGGAAAGUCCCAGGCUUCAUGGACUAUCCAGUCCCUGCUAAGCCCCAAAGGCCCUGCCACACUUCCUGGACAGACAGAACAGAAGAAGAGAGGAGAUCUAAAAGCUGGCUAUAGGUUUACAGAGGAAGAGUGGGACAUAAAUUACACACUGAGGCAACGGAAGAUUAGCUUCAAUGAGAAGGUGCAUGUUGCCAGGGACAUUGCCUUGGCGACCCAGCCAGAGGACAGCUUCUUGGAGGACAGUCCCACGUUGGUGGAGGAGGGCAUGGAUCCUUCCAGCGUCUUUGAGAUAGUCACUGACAUUGUCACCUAUGAGUCCUCUGAGACCAAGGAGACUAGUGUCUCCCCACCAAAUGGCUAUGACACGCUAGUAUGUCAGAGAUGGAAGAGUCCAAUUCCAGAGAAAAAGGCAACAAAGUCCUGGAUUGACCCGCCUGAUGAGCCCAAGUCUGUCAUUCUCAGCCAAGCAGAGGUUGAGAGCUGCAUGCAGACAUAUGAGGACACCCUGCAGGACUACCAGGAGAUGUUCAUCCAGUUUGGCUACGUGGUGCUCUUCUCCUCCGCCUUUCCGCUGGCUGCCAUGUGGGCCCUCAUCAACAACAUCAUCGAAAUCCGGAGUGACGCCUUGAAGCUCUGCACAGGCCUCCAGAGGCCCUUUGCCCAGAGGGUGGAGAGCAUUGGACAGUGGCAGAGAUUUCACUCUCUCUGUGUGCAGACAGCAAUGGAGGCCAUGGGCUUGAUAGCCAUUAUGGUGAACUGUUAUCUCAUUGGCCAGUGUGGUCAGCUGCAGCGUCUCUUCCCCUGGCUGAGCCCUGAGAUGGUCAUCAUCUCCAUCGUGGUACUGGAGCAUUUUGCCAUCCUCCUCAAAUACGUCAUCCAUGUGGCCAUCCCUGAUAUCCCUGGAUGGGUCGCAGACGAGAUGGCCAAAUUAGAGUACCGUCGAAGGGAGGCUUUCAAGAAGCACGAGCGUCAGGCCCAGCAGCACUCCCAGCAACAGCUGAGGAGGCAGCUUGAGGAGGAGGAGCUGCAGCGUCAGGUGGAGCUCCAGGCCGAGGCCCAGCAGGAAAGCGAGUACCACAAGGCUGACAAACAGCACCACCAUGAGAAGGCCCAGUGGAAGCCUGUGGACAAGCCCAAGAGACCCAGCUCUCUGCUGGGCAACAGCAAUGUAAUGAAGCUCAAGCAGAUCUUCCCCCAGCAGGGGAAGUUCUCCUCAGGCACAGCCCUCACCCCUCAGUCGCCAACCGGGGGAGAAGCCAAACUAGCAGGCUUCCUCAGCUUCAAGUUCCGGAAGUCUCCGGAGUUGAAGAAGGAGCCGUUGUCGGUAACACCAGCACCGGGGACCGUGGUGGCGGCUGCGUCCGUGAACCAGGAAAGGUCCCAGUCCCCCAACAGGACCUUCAGCCCAGGGAAGCUGUUCAGCUUUAGCAGAUCAGAGGGGGCAGUGGUGUGUGCGAACGGGCCUCAGCUGUCCAAACCAGGCGAUGCUACCCCCCAAACGACUCCUAACAGUCAGCCCAUCAGGCAGGACCUGAAUACAACUCCCUCAGGCGAGUUGUUACCCUCGUCUGAGAGCGAGAGGAGAGAAACAAACAAGACAAUCUAACGAUACUGACACUUCUGGCUCCAUGUGUUAGUCAAUCAUCAUGGCAAUAUGUAAAAUGUAAGAAAGGGAUGCAGAGAACAAUAACCUGUUAUUCUUGUUAACAUAUCAACAUGGUUUAGGUUAUACUGAAUAAACUAAAUAAGCUAAGAUGUAAUGUAAGGUCAGGUUUUGGAUUCAUUCUCCACCAUCCAAAUGAUAUGACAGUAAAUAUAGGCUAUAUCUGUUCUAUAUACUGACACCCUAAGUGUAUACUAUGUACAAAUUGUAACAGUUUACCCCCUUGAAUGAGGCCCUCCCUAGUACCAUAACUAAAUGCAGUUAUAAGACUGCAUGGCGAAACAUCUGCAUGCCUGAAAUAAAUGUCUUUUUCAGCACCUUAUAAGCCAAAGACAUCUUAUAUAGUACAGAAUGAGCACUUUCACGGUGACUGAAAGAUAUUUGACUUUUCUUAACUUUGUUUUUCUAUUAAUUAUUUUAUCACAUGAAAUAGUGAAUGUACCAUCGAUGCAAAACACACUCCAAUAAACUUCAUGAGACCAGAGGAAA